AUGUCUCAACCUGAUGCAGUCGCAACGCGCAUGGGAACUCGACCUAAGAACGCAACUCAGCAUCCCGGGCGCAUUCUAAUCAAUAAUCGUGGAAAGAAGCGUACCACUGCUGAAAAGGCCACUGACGACCAACGUCAAAGGGAGGCAAAGGAGGCAAGUGAAAAAGCUGUGCAAGAAAGUUAUCAGUGUAUUGCUACUUUGCAGGCACAUAUGCAGGCUGACCAAGAUGCUGCGCAUGUUGAUGCACCUAAGCCUAAGCGUCCUCAUGCACGCCCAGUGGGGAAGGCUGCAAAGGACUUGAAGACCUCCGACUCAACUAUGGAUGAUGGGCAAGCAGGAGCAAAAAUCGUCGCCGAUAAGCCUGUUGUCACCAAAGGCAGGGGUCGCGAGGGUGGAGCUAAAAGGUUAGCAGCUGAUGCUGGCAUCGAACAUCCUGCAAGUGAGGAUGAGGAGCCAGUCCAAACCAAAAAGAAAAAGAAACUGGCGGUGAGAGAAGCGAUUCAUGCAGUGUUAAACGCUGGCAUUGUUAUUGACUCAACAAAGGCAUGUGACAGAGAAGUUCAGAAGACGUCUGAUGUUUCCCAAAAAUUUGCACUUGCUGGACAUGUCCCGGGGUGGCUGUCGAACCUUCCUGCGACUGCCCCAAAGCCAGCCGAGUCAUUGAUGGUGAAUCUAACUGCAUCUUCCAUUUAUCCACAGACCAGUCACUCUAAGCUCACAAGGGGGAGCACCAUCAGCAGCAAUGUUCCGCCCCCACUCACACCCAUCAGUACCUCCAAUGCUGGAGGCUUUACAGAGUUCAAUAUAUAUGUGUCUGAUGAGGACGAGGACGACGAGGAGCUUGCAAAACCUCUUUCUCAUAUUACAAGCAACAAGGCUUACACGGUGAAUGUUACCCAUUGCGGUGCAACCGAGCAGUCUGAUCUGAUCGAAGACGCCGAUGACAUUGAUGUCUUCGCGGACAUCCACGGCCACUUUAUAGAUUCUGAUGGCGCCGACCCUGCUACACAACCUGAUUUCCUAAGGGAGUAUUAUUCUGCCAAUCACGAGCCACAGUCCCCGGACCGUGAUUCUGACCUUGAACCUCCUCCCCUCGCCCAAAAACCUAGGUCCCGCUCCACCACCCCAAUGGAUUUUGACUCCCUGGCAAGUCAGAAGCGGAAGCUGUCACCUCCUCUGGACUAUGACAACAUAAUGGAGCUGUCAUCCGAGGCCAAAAGUGUGCAGGGUGCCAAUGAAGAUAUGAAGACCGAACCUGUUGACCCAGUAUUCACGCGCCGGGUGACCUCUACAACUAAUGUUGCUGCCACGCUCAAAGCCCCUCCAGCAAAGCGGACCCUCCAGCGGUUGUCAGAGUGGCACAAUACCUUUAGCAAUGUGGCCCUCGCCAUACUCGCAAACUUCAUGACUUCGCAGGAUGAUCUCAAAACAGAUGAGGACCGCCAAGCUUUUGCAUUGGCCUUACUCGAAAACAGCAGCACGUGUUUUCUACCCUUUCAUAUGGCUAACUUAUCUUACCCUGUAUUUCAGAUGGAACGUGCCAUCAGGCUUUUUGUCAAUGGACACAUGCUCCUAGGAGACAUCGACACCGCUGGCAAUGGUCGAGGCAACAAGACCCCACUCGAUGUCAAUCCAUCCACAGGCAACCAGAGCAGCGUCCCCUUGGCAUUUUCAGAAGUCAAUUGGGGUGCGCACAUGAGAGCUUACAUGGCGUCUAUCAAACGCUUGCCAGACUCGGUCCUUAUCCGAAACUUGGAGCUCGCGCAGAGCCUCGCCAUGAAGAGGCGUGGUGCGCAGAUGGAUGUGGACGAAGAAUCUGGGGAUGAGCGAGCGCUCAUUUUCUAG